CCUGCCUGGGAGGAGAGGCGUUAGGAGGCGCGGCGGCGGCGCCAGGGGCUCGGCCUGGGGCACGGAGCAGCUGAGCAUGGAGCCCCAGAGGGCCCUAUAAGAAGGAGGCAGGCGGCCUGGCGUCUGAGAGGCUAUGGGACGUUAGGAGCAGAGGUUGGCGUGACACGAAGUUAAGAGAUGUGGAAGCCUCUAGAAGUCGGAAGACGCGGAAGUGGACUCUCCCCAACAGUCUCCAGGAGGAACCGGCCUUUGAUUUUACCCCUGCAAGACCUAUUUGGGACUUCUGGUCUCCAGACUUAAAUCACGCCAUUCUCAAAGCCUCAUCCACCUGUUGUGGGCAAAGUGACUCAUCACAGCAUCGAAUUAUACUGGGAUCUGGAAAAGAAAGCUAAACGGCAAGGACCUCAGGAGCAGUGGUUCAGGUUCUCAGUUGAAGAAGAAGACCCCAAAAUGCACACUUAUGGUAUCAUUUAUACGGGAUACGCAACGACGCACGUGGUCCAGGGUCUGGAACCAAGGACACUGUACAGGUUUCGACUGAAGGUCACCAGCCCCUCUGGAGAGUGCGAGUACAGCCCGGCCAUCUCUGUGUCCACGACCCGAGAGCCCAUAAGCAGUGAGCACUUUCAUCGAGCUGUCAAUGUGAAUGAUGAAGAUUUGCUUGUUCGAAUACUUCAAGGAGGCCACGUUAAGGUUGAUGUUCCCAAUAAGUUUGGCUUCACUGCUCUGAUGGUUGCCGCCCAGAAAGGAUACACCAGGCUGGUGGAAAUCCUGGUUUCUAAUGGCACAGACGUGAAUCUGAAGAACGGAAGUGGCAAGGACAGUCUAAUGCUCGCAUGCUACGCGGGCCACCUAGAUGUUGUGAAGUAUCUGCGAAGACACGGUGCGACCUGGGAGGCUAGAGACCUGGGAGGCUGUACAGCUCUGCACUGGGCUGCGGACGGAGGCCACUGCAAAGUGAUUCAGUGGAUGAUAAAGGAUGGCUGUGAGGUGGAUGUCGUGGACGCUGGGUCGGGGUGGACCCCGCUCAUGAGGGUCUCUGCGGUGUCCGGAAACCAGCGGGUGGCCUCCCUCCUAAUCGAGGCUGGGGCCGAUGUGAACGUGAAGGACAAAGAUGGAAAGACACCUCUCAUGGUGGCUGUGUUAAAUAAUCAUGAAGAGUUAGUUCAGUUACUUCUUGACAAAGGGGCAGAUGCAAGUGUAAAAAAUGAGUUCGGCAAAGGCGUCGUAGAAAUGGCCAGAGUUUUUGACAGACAGAAUGUGGUCUCCUUAUUAGAAGAAAGGAAAAAAAGCAUAUGCCGAAGAAGUCUGUCUGCUGACCAGAGCACCGCUAAUCUACAAAAUCCACGUAACACAAAACAAAAUCUGCCUGUUGAACUAGAGAGAUGAAAUUCUGCAUCUUUGAGGGCUGUACAUUUAUUUAUUCUGUUGGAGAUUCACGGUGACUUUUGUGUGACAUACAACUGUUCCCACUUUAAAAUACAUCUUUUU